CUAACGUUCUUCCUCCUCCCCUCCCCGCCGCGGGCCCCCGCACUCCGCGGAGGUCAGCCCCAGGGCACCGAGAGGCGUGGCCGGCCCCUGCAGACCCUGGAGGCGGCCAUGGCCUCGGUGGUGGAAUACAAGGGGCUCAAGGCCGGCUACCACUGCGGCUACUGCGACUCCGAGGAGGGCAAGGUGUCCUGCGGCAUGUGGGCGCAUUCAAUGACAGUACAGGAUUAUCAGGAUCUUAUAGAUCGAGGAUGGCGAAGAAGUGGGAAGUAUGUGUACAAGCCUGUCAUGAAUCAGACAUGUUGUCCUCAGUACACGAUAAGGUGCCGACCUUUACAGUUUCAGCCAUCAAAAUCUCACAAGAAGGUUUUGAAAAAAAUGUUGAAAUUUCUGGCUAAAGGGGAAAUUUCCAAAGGAAAUUGUGAGGAUGAGCCCAUGGAGCCCACCAUGGAGGACACCGUUGCGGGUGACUUUGCAUUAAUAAAUAAAUUGGAUAUACAGUGUGAUCUUAAAACACUUAGUGAUGACCUCAAAGAGAGCUUUGAGGGUGAAGAGAAGAAGAAAGGAAAAAGCCCAAAGAAAGAAGAACCUAAGGAAUUAAUUCAGUCGCAACAUAUAGAGGAGAAGUUGGGCUCUGGUGAGCCAUCUCAUCCACUUAAAGUACACACGGCUCCGAAGCCAGGCAAAGGGGCAGAUUUGAGUAAGCCUCCAUGUCGCAAAGCAAAGGAAAUCCGGAAAGAAAGAAAAAGGUUAAAACUCAUGCAGCAGAAGCCAGCUGGAGAACUUGAGGGUUUCCAGGCUCAAGGUGAACCACCAUCUUUGUUCCCACCAAAGGCUAAUAAAUCCAACCAACCCAAAUCACUUGAAGAUUUAAUUUUUGAAUCUUUGCCAGAGAAUGCAUCACACAAGUUAGAGGUGAGGGUGGUGAGAUCAUCUCCACCAAGUUCUCAGUUCAAAGCCACAUUUCAGGAGUCUUACCAGGUCUAUAAACGUUACCAGAUGGUUAUUCACAAGGACCCACCUGAUAAACCAACUGUGAGCCAGUUCACAAGGUUCCUUUGCAGCUCACCUCUGGAGGCAGAGAAUCCCCCUCAUGGACCAGACUGUGGUUAUGGCUCCUUCCACCAGCAAUAUUGGCUUGAUGGAAGAAUCAUUGCUGUGGGGGUGAUUGACAUCCUUCCGUACUGUGUAUCGUCUGUGUAUUUGUACUACGAUCCUGAUUAUUCAUUCCUGUCUUUGGGUGUCUACUCUGCACUACGAGAAAUUAGUUUUACUAGGCAACUUCAUCAGAAAACAUCUCAACUCAGCUAUUAUUAUAUGGGUUUCUACAUUCAUUCAUGUCCCAAGAUGAAAUACAAGGGAGGACCGUGGCACGGUAGAUGGUUUCCAAGGGUGUGUGUUCGUCAGUUCCUCUCACCCUGUAUGUGCAUGCUGCUCCCUCCAUCACAGGGUCAGUAUAGACCUUCUGACUUGUUGUGUCCUGAGACGUAUGUUUGGGUGCCCAUUGAGCAGUGCCUGUCUUCACUUGAGAACUCCAAGUACUGUCGUUUCAACCAGGACCCAGAAGCAGUGGACGAAGGUCGCAGUAAGGAGCCUGACCGUUUGCAGGUGUUCCACAAGAAAGCCAUAAUGCCUUACGGCGUUUAUAAGAAACAGCAGAAGGACCCAAGCGAGGAGGCGGCCGUGCUGCAGUACGCGGGGCUGGUGGGGCAGGCGUGCUCUGAGCGGAUGCUGCUGCUGCGGAACUGACGUCAUCCACGCCCCGCACCCCUGCGCCCCGCACCCUGCACCCCUGCACUCCCGGGCCUGCCCACAGAUGAGAUGUUUUUUAUUUUGACUCUUCUAUGGCUUUUCUAGAAUAUUUUGUGGCGAUGUAUUUGUGAGAAUCUCCUGGUUAAUAUAAAGAUUUUAAAAAUAGGUUCAUGACCUCAUCUCCUCGUGGGGGUUUUAUCAUUUUGGAAGUUUCUUUUAUGAACAAGAUACGGUAUAAACUGCUCGUGUUAAUAUUUGGGAAAGUAAAAGGAAUAAGUGGAUCUUAAGUCUUUUAAAUCACCGUCGUGCUUUUUUUGUCAAAGAAAUUACAGCAGACUUUUCUCAGAUCCAUGUAAGACAGUAGUUUAUGCUGCAAGACCGUAGGGGCUGGGGGAGAAGGUGCGGAGUCGGUGUUCUCUCUUCGAAAACGCCUCUCAGGAGAACGGAACUGAUGCCGCAGCUCAGUGUUCAGCUGCCGAAUGCUGUGUGGUUGAUAGAAAACUCAGAAAAAGAAAAUACAGACCGGAAAGAAAAGACAUGGUGUGACCAUCAGAUGGUCGUUUACCCAGGACGGCUCCCCUCAUGUCUGUUGUCUCCACACAAUUGUUUUUUUCC